CCUUCCUCUCCGCGCCGCCGGCCGCGGCCCGGGCUCCGCGGCUCCGCCAAUCCCCGCCCUCCGCUCUCCCUCCCGCUCUCCCCGCCCUCCCCGCCUCCGCCUCCUCCCUCCCGGCCUCCAAUCUCCCAGCCAAACUGAAAGCCGGACCCCAGGCCGCCUCCCGCCGCCUCCCCGCCGCCGCCCGGCCUCCCUGCGAGCGCUCCACCAUGGACAGUCCUGUUUUCACCUUAUAAAGAUGGCGGUGCGGGAUCGCUGCAACCUUUAGACUAAUGACUGUCCGAAAUAUCGCCUCCAUCUGUAAUAUGGGCACCAAUGCCUCUGCUCUGGAAAAAGACAUUGGUCCAGAGCAGUUCCCAAUCAAUGAACACUACUUUGGAUUGGUCAACUUCGGGAACACCUGCUACUGCAACUCCGUGCUGCAGGCCCUGUACUUCUGCCGGCCGUUCCGGGAGAACGUGCUGGCGUACAAGGCCCAGCAGAAAAAGAAGGAAAACCUGUUGACGUGCCUGGCAGACCUUUUCCACAGCAUCGCCACGCAGAAGAAGAAGGUCGGUGUGAUCCCACCAAAGAAGUUCAUCUCGAGGCUGAGGAAGGAGAACGAUCUCUUUGAUAACUACAUGCAGCAGGAUGCUCACGAGUUUUUAAAUUAUUUGCUAAACACUAUUGCGGACAUCCUGCAGGAAGAGAAGAAACAGGAGAAACAAAAUGGGAAAUUAAAAAAUGGCAACAUGAACGAACCUGCAGAGAAUAAUAAGCCAGAACUCACCUGGGUCCAUGAGAUCUUUCAGGGAACGCUCACCAACGAAACUCGAUGCUUGAACUGUGAAACUGUUAGUAGCAAAGAUGAAGAUUUUCUUGAUCUUUCCGUUGAUGUGGAGCAGAAUACUUCCAUUACCCACUGUCUAAGAGACUUCAGCAACACAGAAACGCUGUGUAGUGAGCAGAAGUAUUACUGUGAAACCUGCUGCAGCAAACAGGAGGCCCAGAAAAGGAUGAGAGUCAAAAAGCUGCCUAUGAUUUUGGCCCUGCACCUAAAGCGGUUCAAGUACAUGGAGCAGCUGCACAGGUACACCAAGCUCUCCUACCGGGUGGUCUUCCCGCUGGAACUCCGGCUCUUCAACACCUCCAGCGACGCGGUGAACCUGGACCGCAUGUACGACCUGGUCGCUGUGGUGGUUCACUGUGGCAGCGGUCCUAAUCGUGGGCAUUAUAUUACUAUUGUGAAGAGUCACGGCUUCUGGCUUUUGUUCGAUGACGACAUUGUAGAGAAAAUAGAUGCCCAAGCUAUUGAAGAAUUCUAUGGCCUGACAUCAGAUAUAUCAAAAAACUCAGAAUCCGGCUAUAUUUUAUUCUAUCAGUCCAGAGAAUAACUGCGGGACUGCGAGACUAGCGCGCCUGGGGGAAGCGUUCGCGGCACGGUCACCUGGUCUCUCUGCGGACUUCCUCCCUCCCCGGCGGCCACCGGUGGUGUCACUCCAAGUCUCCGUGGUCUGGCUGUGUUAGACUCUCUCUCCCUUCGUUUUUUACACGCAGCACUACUUGUGGUUUCGUUUUAGUCUGAGGUAGAGUUAACCGCAAUCAGGUUGUAGUCAGAUUUAUACGAAUAACAGUCGCUAAUUUUAGGAUUGGGUAAAUGCUAUGCCACUGGCUGAAUGAGAAUGACGUUUAUUUCCCAGAAUGUCUGCAGUCUGUUUGGGGUCUUUGCUGACCUUCCAACGUGGUUUCCGGGGCCUCCUUUCAAUGCAUUCCUUUCACUGGCCCCUGGGAACACGGCUGCCCGUGGGUAGCUUCCCUGCCUCUCAUCCCACAGAAGGCCGGAACAAUUGGGUAGAUGUUCUCCUCUAGGGCUGCAACUAUAGCUUUAAGUUUGUGCAAGUGAAAUUGUUUAAAAAUGGGUAACCUCAAUACUGAACUCGCCCCCCAGGUGGCACGCGGUGUCUAGCAUGUGCCCGGGGCUGCGCUCACCCAGCCAUUCCCCGGGGGGCGGGGGAGGGGGGCGGAGUGGGCAAAGCAGGUUGGGAGCUCAGGGCAGGCAAAGCCAAGAGGAGGAAGCUUUUGUGGGGGAGUAAACAGUUCCUUUUCUUACCUUUUUACCAAAACCACGUUUCAGGAAAAUAACUCUUUGCUGUUUGUUUUUAGUGACACUUGCUUCUGUAAGGUCCUGUGAGUUGUAUCAAGCCUCUAUGGCACGGCUAAGCUUUCCAGGGUAUCCUCCCAGACCUGCUGGCAUUAUGCAGCCUGUGGUCGCAGGGCGGGGACACCGCAGGGAUGGCCUCCGGCACAACCCUCCGUAGCUGGUCAGUGCCGACUAGACACCGUGCUGCUUCGGGAAGGAUGCCCGCAUGGCACCUUCACUGCAGGCAGCCGCCUCGUACAGCUGUUCACUCGCAAACAUCUCGGUCUGUGUGCCGAGGCGCCGGCCAGUCCCCGGCGCGUGUGGGGCCUUGCCUGGGGGAAGGCUGGGGUGAGCUGGGCGGAAGGCGGCUCCGGGGAAGUGUCCAUCGGUGGGGGGAGGGGAGGACGGAACAGCGUGGCGGCGUUUCUUUGGCUCAGGCUCCUAGAAUGCUUGACAAGACGGAGAUUUUUGGAAGAACCUCAUCUCACCAUAGUUACUUUUACUUUUUCCACUUUUGUUAUAUAUGUAUUUAUUAGCAUUUGAGUAUUGGUACCUUUUGUUAAAAGGGUCAACAUGGUGUUUUGCUGUCGAGCUGGUUUUUGGUUUCCUAUAAAUACUAUGAGUCGUACACCUUUCUCUGGGAAGUCCGUUGACUUCCACACACUAUGAUAUACUGUGAACACAUUAUUUUGUUACCUAAUAAAUCAGUGAAUGAACAUGCGAACGUUUGGCAUAAUGUGAACUAAAAUGGAAGUUGAAAAUGUUAAUGGCCAUUUUGCAACAAUUAAGAGUGUAGCACUUUAUCUAGAUGAAAACUGGAUUUCUUAUCUCUGAAAUACCUUGAACUGUUUAUUGCUCAGAACUGAAGUAAGCAUGCCGACACUUCAUUUGUUCACGCUGGAAGUGGAAUGUCUUACUUGUCACUGGAGAAGACAAAACAGGGUGAUCUUCACGUUAUUUUAUACGAGUGACAGAAAUAUACCUUGCCUUGUUUAGAGGCCAAUUCAUAUUUAUAAAUACUUUGUCUCGUUUUUUCCUCCAUGACACAUGUGCAGUAGCCCCUUACCGGGAAGGUGAGUUUUUAUUCUGUCUUGAAGGAGAGACAGUGUCCAAGGGAAGGUGAUCGAGAUAGGGAACUGCCUGUACCAUAUAUAUAUAACCCAUAUAUUUGACUGCAGGUUGCAAAGUUUAAAAAAGUGAUGGUUGAUAUCUAAUAUAUUUGGAAUUAAUUCAUAAGAAAAACUAUUAAAAUUAUCUUUGAAAUAACUCUUGAAGCUAAUUUAUUAGAAAAAAAAGUUUCAUUUGGUAGCCUGUAUCAGUGACACCUGAAUGCAGAGUCGUAGGUUCAGUCGGGCGACGCCAGAAACGAAGAUCGGAAAACGACCAAAGCGCACUUAGCCUCCGACACUCCAUCAGCUUUUUAAACUUGAGAGCUAUCUGGUCAUUUCUUCCCUCUUCCUCUUCAAUUAACGAAACGAACACUAGGCAGCUACAUUUCCCCCCAGUGGUUUCACUUUAUAUGGAGACAGUAGCAUGCACACACUUUUUAAUUUUGCGUGUCCUUUACUCGCAAAGCCGAGGCCCGUGUGGGCCACGCGAGACCGUUCUGAGGUCGUCACGGCACAGUGCACAGCGCUGUUCCCACAGAUGGCCAGCGUUCCUGUGUGUCAGAUGCCGGCAGGAGUGAGGUCCACUGUGGUGGUGGCGGCGUUUUUUUUUUCUUAACUGCUGGGUGUUUUAAAAUAAGUUAUAGUGUUUUACACUUUAAAAAAGAGAAGAAAUAUUGGGUUGGCCAAAAAGUUUGUUUAGUUUUUUCCGUAAAAUAAGUGACACAUUUUUUCAUUUCACCAGAAGCUUUAUUGAUUUGGAUAUUUUCAGUAUGUCGGCUGUCUUCUGCAUUGUAUCAUAUUGAUCUCAAUUAAUGUCUCGAUUUGAUCACUAUCAACUUCAACUGGUCUACCAACUGUGGAGCACUGUCCAGCGAGAAAUCUCCGGCAUGAAACUUCACAAGCCACUUUGACACGCUUGAUCAGUCACAGCACCUCCCCUGUACCCUGCACUAAUCUUUUCUUGCAUUUUAGUUGUGUUUUUGCCUUUCUUGAAAUAAUGAAGCAUACUAUGCUGAAAACGUUGCUUAUUUUCUUCCAUCUUCAAUAUUAAAAUGACUACCAGAAAUUCACCAAUUUUGAUAAGCUUCUCUUAAAAAUGCACACUGAGACGACAGCUGCCACAAUACAAUCUAACAAAAUUGUUUCAAAUGAAGUUAAAGAUAAGUGCUACUGGAGCCAUCUGAUGGGGAAAAAAAUAAAUGAACUUUUUGGCCCAGCCAAUAUUUGCUUUAUGGGGUAUUAGUGGUUUAGCCUCUAGAGUGUGGCACAAUGUGCUAACACGCCCUUUGUUUGAAGGUGAGUUUUGGUAAGUGCUAACACCGGUCGGUCCUGGUGUGGGAUGCGUGUUCCAUUCCGAGGCUGUACGAAGGGGCCUGGUUUGGAGGGAGCCAGGGCACGGCACGAGGGGGUUGGUGUGAAUGGGAAGCCGGCUGUGUGUGGUUUUAUAGCCUGGUAUAUUUUGGAUUUCAGAUGAAAUGGGAAAAAUGAUAGAAACGGUCCCCGUGCGUAUAUUUCCACGGACACCCAUCAUUUCAUGGGCAUGCCUAACAAUGAACCGUGUUCUAACUGGAGCUGAGGACUUAUUUUAGAUAUUGGAGUGUAACUUUAUUACAGAUGGACUUUAUCUUUAAACAUUGCAUUUUGAUCAACUUUGUAUAUUCACAUGUAUUAAAAUAUUGUGCACUAAAUGUUCUGCCCUCCUUUGCUGUCAUACGGUCAAGGCGUUUUCCAGCACUAUCGUGAGUCACUCAUGGAAAUGGCAUGGGUCAGGGAAAAUGAUUCCUACUUUUCCGCCUAAUUAAAUUUCUGUUUUUCAGUAUUACAUUAAUUUAUUUUGGGCUUCCAUUUCUGUGUAGUCAAAAUAGUUACUAUAUGUGUGUGGCACUCAUGUGACUUUGUUGCUAAAAGAAAAUUUAGUUUUUAUUUAAAAUAAUCUGUACCUUAAUUUUUAAAAAUGUAACCAAUUUAAGCACUUUAAGCAAUAAUGUCAAUCUUGUGAAAUUUCAAUCAGUUUAACACCCUGCCUCUAAAAUUGUUUGCUAAAUAAAUAAAUAAAUACA